AAGGUAGAACCAGCAGCAGGAGGAGGUGGAGCUGAUGCUUGGCCAGGGGGCAGCAGCAGGGAGGUGAGAAGUGGGUGCAUUCAGGAUGUGUUUUUUUUUUUUUUUUUGAGACAGAGUCUCACUCUGUCCCUCAGGCUGGACUGCAAUGGCCCGCCCUCGGAUCAGUGUAACCUCCACCUCCCAGGUUUAAGCAAUUCUCCUGCCUCGGCCUCCCAAGUACCUGGGAUUACCGGUGUGCACCACCACACCCGGCUAAUUUUUGUAUUUUUAAGUAGAGGCAGGGUUUUACCAUGUUGGUCAGGCUGGUCUCGAACCCCUGACCUCGUGAUCCGCCCACCUUAGCCUUCCAAAGUGCUGAGAUUACAGACAUGGCCCAUGAUGCUCAGCUCAAGAUGUGUUUUGAAGGCUGAGCUGGCAGUAUUUGUGGCCUGACUGGGCUUGUGCUCAAAAACAGUGGAGUUGACAAAGAAUGACUCCCAGGGGUUGAGUGGGCAGCUUGUGGAGAGGAUCAAGAAGUCAGCUUAGGGUUUGGGUGGUUUGGGGCCUAUUAGGUAUCCGGGCAAGGAAGGUAGGCAGGCAGCUGUUGACUCAGAUACUCAAGAGACGCAGUCCAGGUGGAGAUACCCAUUUUGGAGUCGUCAGUAUAUAGAUAUUUAUUUAAAGUCAGAUGACUGAGGGCAGGAGUCCAGCCCUGGAGAAGAGGGAAAUAAGGAGGCUGCAAGGGAGAUGGAGCGGCCCAGAACGUGUGUGGUGAGCUGCAAGAGUAUAAAUCCUGAGGCCAGGGAGAAGGACUCUCGCCGUGGGUCAGGUGCUGCUUUGGAAUCAGGAAGGGAGGGAAGGACCACUGGAUUUAACAGCGGGAGGGCAGUGAGCACCUCGGUAGGGCUGGUUUGGAGUGAAGCAGUUGUGUGGGUUCAAGGAUGUCCUACAGGCCCCUGAAACUAAACAUGUUCUAAAAUUGAACUCAUCCAGCCACUUAUGUAAGACCCCAAGGGCCAGGCUGAUGUGGCCAUGAAGAAAGAUUCUAGAAACAGAAAGAAGGGUCACCAGGGCUGCUGGAGGAGUUUACUUCCUUCCACCCACCAAUGAGCAUUCUCUUCCACACUGUCGAUGGACCUGGAAGGCAGUGAAGGUAUAGGGAUGCAUGUUAGAGUGCAAAUCUGGAAGUCUGAGUUCACGCCUCGGAUGUUGCACAGACAGGCUGGGCAUGGUGGCUCACACCUGUAAUCCCAGCAUUUUAGGAGGCCAAGGCAGGCAGAUCAGUUGAGGUCAGGAGUUUGAGACCAGCCUGGCCAACAUGGUGAAAUCCUGUCUCUACUAAAAUACAAAAACUAGCCGGGCAUGGUGGCAGGCACCGCAUGGAGAAUUUGGCAGAUACUCAGGAGACGGGACCUACUCGGGAGGCUGAGGCAAGAGAAUGGCUUGAACUCAGGAGGCAGAGGUUGCCAUGAGCCAAGAUCCACGUCACAGCACUCCAGCCUGGAAAAGGACACGUUGAAGGGAGUUGAUGCAAGCAACCCGCUCGUUCUCCUGGGGAAGAAGAAAAAGAAGACCAAAGCCCCUCUGGCGCAGAAGCAGAAGAAGCCUCUGACCAAGAAGGAGAGAAAAGUGCUGCAGAAAAUCUUAGAACAGAAAGAGAAAAAGAGCCAGCGAGCAGAGCUGCUGCAGAAGCUGAGUGAGGUCCAGGCUUCCGAAGCCGAGAUGAGACUCUUUUAUACCACUUCGAAGCUGGGCACUGGGGACCGCAUGUACCACACCAAAGAGAAGCCUGAUGAAGUGGCAGCCCUGGGCCAGGAGAAGAUAAGCAGCCUCAGUGGUGCCCAGCGGAAACGUUGCCGCCAGCCCUCGGCCGAGGAGGAGUCCGAGGAGGAGUCGGAGCUGGACGAGGACCCGGCUGCUGAGCCGGCUGAGGCUGGUGCGGGGACCACCGUGGCGCCCCUGCCACCAGCUCCAGCACCCAGCAGGCAGCUCAUGCCAGCUGGGAUGCCUGCUCCUCCUCCUCCAGCCGCAGCCCCCGCCCUGCCCAGGGUCCCAGCCAAGCCUGCUGUCUUCAUCCCUGUGAACCGCUCCCCGGAAAUGCAGGAAGAACGGCUAAAGCUCCCGAUUCUUGCUGAAGAACAAGUGAUCAUGGAGGCCGUAGCCGAGCACCCCAUCAUCAUCGUGUGUGGCGAGACCGGCAGUGGGAAGACCACACAGGUGCCGCAGUUUCUCUAUGAAGCAGGCUAUAGCAGUGAGGGCAGCAUCAUUGGCGUCACGGAGCCCCGCCGAGUGGCUGCCAUGGCCAUGUCCCAGCGAGUGGCCAAGGAGAUGAAUCUGUCGCAGCGGGUCGUCUCCUACCAGAUCCGGUAUGAAGGAAAUGUGACCGAGGAGACCAGAAUCAAGUUCAUGACAGAUGGCGUGCUUCUCAAAGAAAUCCAGAAGGACUUCCUGCUGCUGCGGUACAAGGUGGUGAUCAUCGACGAGGCCCACGAGAGGAGCGUGUACACUGACAUCCUCAUCGGUCUCCUGUCCCGCAUCGUGUCUCUCCGAGCCAAGAGGAAGCUGCCACUGAAGCUGCUCAUCAUGUCAGCCACGCUGCGGGUGGAGGACUUCACCCAGAACCCGAGGCUCUUCACCAAGCCACCCCCAGUCAUCAGGGUGGAAUCCAGGCAGUUCCCAGUGACCGUGCACUUCAACAAGCGGACGCCUCUGGAAGACUACAGCGGAGAGUGCUUCCGGAAGGUCUGCAAGAUCCACCGCAUGCUGCCCGCAGGUGGCAUCCUGGUGUUCCUGACAGGGCAGGCUGAGGUGCACGCGCUGUGCCGCAGGCUCAGGAAGGCUUUCCCACCCUCCCGAUCCCGGCCGCCAGAAAAGGAUGACGAUCAGAAAGACUCAGCAGAGGAAAUGCGGAAGUUUAAGAAGUCCAGGGCCAGGGCCAAGAAGGCUCGGGCCGAGGUGCUGCCCCAGAUCAACUUGGAUCAUUACUCAGUGUUGCCGGUGGGCGAAGGUGACGAGGACAGAGAGGCAGAAGUGGACGAGGAAGAGGGAGCCCUGGACUCUGACCUCGAUCUGGACCUGGGGGACAGCGGGCAGGAUGGAGGUGAGCAACCAGACGCCUCCCUCCCGCUCCACGUGCUUCCGCUGUACUCUCUGCUGGCCCCAGAGAAACAAGCACAGGUCUUUAAGCCUCCACCAGAGGGGACUAGGCUGUGUGUCGUGGCCACCAACGUGGCUGAAACGUCUCUUACCAUCCCUGGCAUCAAGUACGUGGUGGACUGUGGGAAGGUCAAGAAGCGCGACUAUGACCGCGUCACGGGUGUGUCCUCCUUCCGUGUCACCUGGGUCUCCCAGGCAUCAGCUGAUCAGCGAGCAGGCAGAGCAGGCCGGACAGAGCCCGGCCACUGCUACAGGCUGUAUUCCUCUGCGGUUUUUGGUGACUUCGAACAGUUUCCUCCUCCAGAAAUCACCCGGAGGCCUGUUGAAGACCUAAUCCUUCAGAUGAAGGCUCUUAACAUUGAAAAGGUCAUCAACUUCCCCUUCCCGACGCCCCCCUCUGUGGAAGCCCUUAUUGCUGCCGAGGAGCUGUUGAUCGCACUGGGUGCCCUGCAGGCGCCCCAGAAAGCAGAAAGGGUGAAGCAACUGCAGAAGGACCGGCUGAGCUGCCCCAUCACCGCGCUGGGUCGGACCAUGGCCACUUUCCCCGUGGCGCCCCGCUACGCCAAGAUGCUGGCACUGAGCCGGCAACACGGCUGCCUGCCCUACGCCAUCACCAUCGUGGCCACCAUGACGGUGCGGGAGCUGUUUGAGGAGCUGGACAGACCAGCGUCCAGUGACGAGGAGCUCGCCAGGCUGAAGGGCAAGCGGGCCCGGGUGGCCCAGAUGAAGAGGACCUGGGCAGGGCAGGGGGCUUCUCUGAAGCUCGGCGACCUCAUGGUGCUGCUAGGCGCCGUGGGAGCCUGUGAGUACUCUGGCUGCACACCCCAGUUUUGCGAAGCCAACGGGCUGCGGUACAAAGCCAUGAUGGAGAUCCGGCGCCUGCGGGGCCAGCUGACCACCGCAGUCAAUGCCGUGUGCCCCGAGGCUGAGCUCUUCGUGGAUCCCAAGAUGCAGCCGCCCACCGAGAGUCAGGUGACCUUCCUGCGACAGAUCGUGACGGCUGGCCUGGGGGACCACCUGGCCCGCAGGGUACAGAGCGAGGAGCUGCUAGAGGACAAGUGGAGGAAUGCCUACAAGACCCCUCUCCUCGAUGACCCCGUCUUCAUCCACCCCAGCUCUGUCCUUUUCAAAGAGCUCCCCGAGUUUGUAGUCUACCAGGAAAUCGUGGAGACCACCAAGAUGUACAUGAAAGGCGUCUCCAGCGUGGAGGUCCAGUGGAUCCCGGCCCUGCUGCCCUCUUACUGCCAAUUCGACAAGCCUCUGGAGGAGCCAGCCCCAACCUACUGCCCUGAGCGGGGGCGGGUGCUAUGUCACCGUGCCAGCGUGUUCUAUCGCGUGGGCUGGCCACUCCCCGCCAUCGAGGUAGACUUUCCAGAGGGCAUUGACCGCUACAAGCACUUUGCCCGGUUCCUGCUGGAAGGGCAGGUCUUCUGCAAGCUGGCCUCAUACCAGGGCUGUCUGCUGUCUAGCCCCAGCACCAUGCUGAAGACAUGGGCCAGGCUACAGCCCCGGACGGAGAGCCUCCUGCGGGCCCUGGUUGCAGAGAAGGCUGACUGCCGUGAAGCCUUGCUGGCUGCUUGGAAGAAAAACCCCAAAUACCUGCUGGCCGAGUACUGCGAGUGGCUUCCACAGGCCAUGCACCCCAACGUGGAGAAAGCCUGGCCCCCCACCACUGACCACUGACCAGACACCUGGCUGCAGGGCUGAGGACUGGUUUGGGGCCUGGAGGGCCGGCAGCAGCUCGUCACCCUGCAACUGUGACUGCCUGGCAUGGGCUCCAUGGCCUGCUCUCAGGAAGCAGGUCAAGCCCUGGGAAUCCCCGUCCAUCUCAGCUCCAUCCUGUAUGAAGCUUGCUACUGACCGUGCCGUCUCACCUGCGUGACUUUUGAAUUGUCAGUUCUGCAGAUGAUGAUUUCAUCUCACGUACUGGACGCUGUUCUGUUCAAUGUGCUCUUUGGACUACGUUAGUCCCUGUGGAACGGUAGGGCUGGAGACCCCUGUAGUCCCCGCCCACCCUGCCAGAGAGCCGAGGAGGCAAGUGGAGGGCGUGUCCUUCCUGCCUUUCUUCCCUCUCUGGCAUCAGGGAGGGCCGCCUAGCCGGGGCCUCAGAGCCAUCCCAGACAUUAUGUGAGCCUCUGAGCUCUGCUUUCAUCUUGAAGGGGCUGGCCGGGGACUCCUAGGCCCCAUGCCUUCGUGGAAGGGUGGCUGCCAGCUCCUUUCCUGUGCUGCAGCUGCAGGGAGUGGGCAUCUCAUCUCCUCGUGGUCAGCUCUCAGAUGGCAGGGAGCAGAGCUGAUCUUGGCCUUGCUCAGGCCCCGCUGCCAUGCCGCAGAGGAGGAGCCUUGAAUGGGGCCUGCAGACCCCUCCGUGUGCCUCCCUUGUUCCUCUGUGGCCAAGGUGGAAGGGAGAGCAUGGGGUAGGUCCUCCUGCAAGAAGGAACGACAGGAGUGCCCCAGGCAGGACCAGGGAGUGGGGAGGCCCCUGUCCUUCCAUCUUCCACGGCAAGAGCCCAGGGAGCCAAGAUCACACCAUUGCAUUCCAGCCUGGGAGACAGAGUGAGACCCCGUCUCUCUCAAAAAACAAAGCAAAACAAACAAAAACAAAGUUAAACAUCCUAGAAACUAUGAAGGAAAGGGAAGACAUUUUAUCAAAAUCUUAGAUCGACAUGUUAAAUUGUAUAAACGAAGAUGAAAGAUACUGCAAAACACGACAAACAGCAUCAUACUAUUGGAUGACCUAUUGCAAUUUGGCGAGAAAAACACAAAGGGCAAAGGCCAUGAAGAAGUGAGGUCAGGAGUUCGAGACUAGCCUGACCAACAUGGUGAAACCCCAUCUCUACUGAAAAACUACAUCUAAGGCCGAGUGCAGUGGCUCAUGCCUAUAAUCCCAGCACUUUGGGAGGCUGAGGCAGGUGGAUCACCUGAUGCCAGGAGUUUGAGACCAGCCUGGUCAAAUGGCAAAACACCAUCUUGAAUAAAAAAUAUAAAAUUA